GUAUAUAUAAAAACAUUUUAUGACAUCCAACGUUUCUUCUGAAAGGGAGUUACCUCUAACUUUGGAAGGGCUUUACACUACGUUAAAAUAUUGCUCUGAGGAUUUGAUUGCGCUCCGAUCUAAUAGCAUCAGGUCAGGUACUGAUGUUUUUGGAUGAUUGAGCAUGGACCACAAACAUGUUCAGUAGUGCUCCGGCACUUCCGAGAACUGCUCUACAACCCAGCGCUCAGAUGUUUUACUGCCACAUCUAAAACCACAACCAGAUUCUCGUCGAGGUCACUCAGACUUGGGCCACUGUGAGCUAUAAAAAUGAACAAAACCAUUACACUAUGGGCAGACAUUUCAGAUACCACAGGGCUGGUGUUUACAAAAAGACUAAACUGAUCAGAUUCCUUUGACGGUCGGUGACACGAAUGCUGAACAGUGCGCUUGCUCUAUUCUAAAGUGGCUGUCUGCAGUUUUGUUAAUGUUUCAACUUUACAGUAAUUCUUAUUGUGUCCUAAACCACGGUGACCUUAAUAAAGACCUGAAUGCGGUUUGAUGUAGGAGGUUGUGUCGAUGUAUAUUUGACUAAUGCGUUUUAGUGUUUGUUAAUUCUGCUAUCCUUGUCGUUCCCGUUCUAGACAAGCUAAAUUUAUGCCCCACAUAUUCCUCGGCCAGUCGACUACAUUUCAACAAAAUUUAUAGUGCUAAAUAACAUCUUUAUGGUCUAAAUAACAAAUUUAGACCACAAAAGCUUUUCAGUCUGCACUGACAUUGUAGACUGCCUUAACCCGUCUCAGGGAAACUGACCCAUGACUAUGUAAAUAUGUUCGCUGGGGAAUUUCGAGUUCCAGAUCGGCACCAAAACACAAAUGUAAAAAUAGUGAAAUGUUGCGGAGCUUUUUGAACUUUUAUUUUGAAAAUCGUUUAACCGAUGGCUCACCGGAAGUGACUAACUGGCGUUUCAUGGUUCUGAUUUCCCUUCAAUAUUUCGAAGAUGACAAGACCCAAACCAGAAGAUGAUGAAUACUGGAACAGCUCCAAAUUCAGCGCCUUCACGUUUGAUGACGAAGACGAUGAAUUUACAAAGAUGAAAGAAUCAAAACGUGCUGUGAAUAGCAUGCUUGUUGAUGAUGACGACGACGAUGAUGAUGUGGAGAAGGUCAGCUGGAGUGGGGAGCCUAUUGGAAGUAUCUCCUGGUCUGUCAAAGAGACAGCGUCCAGCAUCCGUUCCAGUGGAGAACAAAGCUUUCCAAAAAUCGACAUCACCCCUUCGUUGCCUAAACAGGGUUCUGGUUACUCCUUAAGUUCUUUGUUCAAAGGAAGGAGCAAGCAAUUCCAGUCUUUUUCAGAAUCUUUUACUGACACUUCUGUCAGAGCAUAUGCACCAGAACUGCGCAAACCAAAGUCAGAGUGUAAGGACUAUAUGAGUGAUUGGAGUCCUGAGGAGACAGUACGGAGAAUGCGGAAGGGAAAGGUGUUUUCCCUGGAGAGAUUCCGCUCACUACAGGAAAAAUUGCUACUGUUGGAUGAGGCAGUCAGCGAAAAUGAUGGCAAUGUCAUUACUGCGGUCUUAAUAUAUUUAAAGAAAUCAUUAAGUAAAGAAAUCCUCUUCCGAGAGUUAAUGUUGAGGGAAAUAGCUUUGCGGCACUAUGUUCACUAUCUGAAAGAGAUGGGAGAGCAGAAGCUUUUGGUGGAACUAAUGAAGGCCCUUGGCAGAACAGAUGAUAUGGCGUUAAUGCAGUACAAGGAGCAUUUGAAUAUUAAGGAUGAAGGCCAAAGACGAGACUUCCUUAAAAACUGUCUAAGUCUCCCUUUCUCACAAGAUGAUGCUAUUCAUGUGCAAGAUCACUACACGCUUCUGGAGAGGCAGAUCAUCAUAGAGGCUAAUGACAAGAGGGGAGACGCAGAGAUUUUUAAGAAGUUCCCAAGAAAAGCUUCCAUCUUAAACAUGCCAAUCAUCACCACUCUGUACUACUCUUGCUUCUACCACUACGGAGAGUCUGAUGGCACUUUCAGCAGUCCAGCUAACAUCAGGAAAACAUUCAGGAUUUCAGAAAAGCAGUACAUCCUCACAGCUCUUGGAGCAAGGGCAAAGUUGAAAUCCUGGUUUGAUGUGGAUAGUUUAUUCAACACCAAGAACUGGCUGGGCUACACCAAGAAGAGAUCCCCCAUCGGCUUUCACAGAGUGGUGGAUAUCCUGCAGAAAAACAACGCCCCUGUACAGGUGUUGCAAGAAUACAUGAAUCUGAUUGAUGACCCAGAGCUGAAGCUCAGCCUGGCUCAGAAAUAUAAAUGUCAUGACAUUGUCAUUGAUACAUACAGAGACCUGAAAGACCGGCAGCAACUGAUUGUGUACCGUGGGAAAGUUGAGCGUGGCUCAAAAGAAGACAAGAAGAUUGAGGAGCUCCUCUGUAACAUGCAAAUCAGAUGGAAGAAUUGAAUCUUGUAUGCGCUGCAAACUUGAGGACGACGUAUUGAACCAGACGUAUUGAAAUGAGCAUACUCUGAGACUUCAGCUGACACAUGGCCGCACUCCCUCCCUAAAAGGACUUCAAAAGAAAGGCUUUCACUAUGUCAGUGUCACCAUCUGAAACCAGCCGUGGUAACUUUGCCAUGACAGUGAAGCAUUGAAAAAACGACAACUGGGUCAUGGAUAAAGAAACAUUUAAAACUUCGGCCAUUAUCUUUGUCCUUGUAAUAUUUCCUUCUUCGUCUUUUCAUUUAUAAGCUUCUUAUGACUGUAGAGCUGCCAAGUGUCCUUUUGCCAACGACAGCUGAACACUAACAUGCGUUUUCAGGAAAAAGUGCAAUUCCAGGAGCUGCUCAGCACUGCACGGAUAAAACUGUAUAUAGUCCCCACUUACAAUGCCAUGUGUCUCUGUAUUGAACAUUCCUGAUCAAAGGCUUUUUGUAUCAAAAAGGUGAAAAUAAAAUAAUUUAAUGAAAACAUA